CCACCAGCCGGACACAUACCGCUCUGGAGCUCCUAAUAUAGACCCAAGUGCUUUAUAGGAAAGGGUAACAAACCAAGCAGUCCCCGUCAUUUGAGACCUGCUUUUUUUUUUCCAUGGACGCACAGGAAAAUGGAGCCUCUAACACGGGUAUCAUGUUCACAAGAGCAAACAAAGAUAAAGAAACAAGAGAAUGAUGCUGAGGUGUAUGUGAAUUUCAUGAAGAGUCACAAUUGCUAUGACGCCAUUCCAAUCAGCUGCAAGCUGGUCAUAUUUGACACAACCUUACAGGUGAAAAAAGCCUUUUUUGCCCUGGUGGCAAAUGGCUUGCGGGCUGCACCUCUAUGGGACAGCAAGUUGCAGAGAUUUGUGGGCAUGCUGACUAUUACUGAUUUCAUCAACAUCCUCCAUUGUUAUUACAAGUCACCCAUGGUCCAAAUGUAUGGACUGGAGAGCCAUAAGAUAGAAACAUGGAGAGGUGAUUCCCUUCGAAAUGUGUACUUGAAGUCUCCGACUCAGUACCUUAUCAGUAUUUCUCCACAGGCCAGCCUCUUUGAUGCCAUCUAUUCCUUACUCAGAUACAAAAUCCACAGACUGCCCGUCAUCGACCCAGAGUCUGGAAAUGUUCUGCACAUCCUGACUCACAAGCGAAUCCUCAAGUUUCUACACAUAUUUGGGAAAAAUUUGCCCAAACCUGCGUUUCUUCAGAGGCCGGUCCAGGAGCUGGGCAUCGGAACGUUCAGGAACAUUGCUACAGUCCACCAAACGGCGUCGCUUUACGAAGCCCUGUCUAUAUUUGUAGAGAGACGAGUGUCUGCACUUCCUGUGGUGGAUGAGCGAGGCAGAGUGGUGGCACUCUACUCAAGAUUUGAUGUCAUCAAUCUUGCAGCCCAGAAGACCUAUAACAACCUGGACAUGACGAUGCAGGAAGCCAUUCACAGACGCACAUGUUGUGUUGAGGGUGUGAUCAAGUGCUUUCCAGAGGAAUCUUUAGAAAUGGUCAUAGAUCGAAUAGUUAAAUCUGAGGUCCACCGGCUGGUCCUAGUGGACAGGUUUGACGUUGUGAAGGGCAUUGUCUCUCUAUCUGACCUGCUGCAGGCUUUGGUCCUCACGCCUGCAGGUAUCGAUGCUCUUCUGUCUUAGGAGUAAACAACAGCAUUUUCUCUCUUCUGCUUUACUGCCUGUGCAGGCCUGAGGCCUGGCAUUGUACCGAGGCAGAAAAUGAAAGGAGAGAUGAUGAAAGGGCAUAUUUCCUGACUGUGCCAUUUACUGUAACAGUAAUGAUGGCAAUCCACAACCUGAGUGUUUUCACAUCCAGGAAGAAGACUCUCAUGACGUAACCGUUAGCUCCUGAGAUAUCCAAUCCACACAGACUCCGUUUGCACACCUUGAUCAAUAUGUUUACUCAGCAUAAUCUACUGGGAUCAUAAUAAAUCCAU